CAUUUUCUCUUUCUCUUUACUGUUUUCUCCCGACCCAACCAAAAACCUCCCAAAACCCAGUACUCUUCCCUCUUCUCCAUCGACUCCACUGUCUCUCUCUCUCGCAAAAUGGCCUCCGAACCGGAGCAAGACAACGAACAAGAAGCCCUGCGACUGAAAGCCAUGGCAGAGACCAAAUACAACAACUCGAACCUCAAGUCCGCGGUCAAGUACGCUAAGCGAGCCCACCGCCUCGCCCCCAACCUUGACGGCCUGUCGGAAAUGGUCACCUCCUUCAAGAUCCUCCGCGUCGCGGCCACUGAAUCCCCCGGCGCUGCCACCGCCACCCCCGACUGGUACAAGAUCCUCCAGGUAGAGCCCUUCGCUCACAUCAACACCAUUAGGAAACAGUACAAGAAACUGGCACUAGUCCUUCACCCCGACAAGAACCCUUAUGCCGGGUCCGAAGAGGCCUUUAAGCUGGUCAGCGAGGCGUUCCGGUUCUUGUCGGAUAGGAUUCGUAGGAAGGAGUAUGAUAUGAAGCUUAGGAUUAGGAUUCAGGAGGAGAAUGUGGUGGGUUUGGGGGGCCUGGACACGUUCUGGACGGCGUGUUCCACGUGCCGGUUGUUGCACAAAUUUGAGAGGAAGUAUUUGGAGCAUAGUUUGGUGUGUCCCAGUUGUAAAAAGAGCUUUGAGGCUGUGGAGGUUGAGACCAAUGAUGGUGAUGAAGCUGGUGGGGGAAAAGCUGAAGUUAGGUUUUGGAGUGAGAGGUUGAGGAAGAGAAGUGUAGGUGUUUUUGACAGAUUUGGGGAUUCGGGUUCGAAACAGAAAGUGGGUAGUGGUGAGAGUUUGAGAACUGUGAGUAUGAAGGGGAAAAUGGCUACUGGUAAGAAAUUGAGAAGUGUCAAUGUGAAGGGGAAAAUGAGUGGUGGUGUAAUGGAUGGUGGGGUGAGAAGUGGGGAUUUGGAGAGGGAAGAGGAUGGUGGUGGUGGUGGUGGUGAUAGUGAUGGUAUAUGGAGUGGUGGAAGGCUGAGGACUUUGGGUUUGAAGAGGAGAACGAGGACUGUAGGGGAGGUGUUAGAGAGGUCGAUACCGAAGAGGGCGAAAACCGGGGAGGAAAUGAUGACAUUGGCAGAAAUGCAGUCGGAAGCAAAGCGAAAGGCGCAGCAAGAGAGGAUGAAGGUGAAGUUGAAGGAAAAGGAGAAGGAUGAAAGAGAGAAGAGGAAGGAGGAGAGGGAGAGAUGCACGGAAUUGAAGAAGAGUAGGGAGGGUUUAGAGAUUGGGAAACGGGGAAUUUUGAAGAAGAGUGGGGAUUUAGAAACUGAGAGGCGUAGGAGGAAUAGUGUGGGUUUGGAAAUGGAGAGGCGCAGGGAAUCUAGAAGUGGGGAUUUGGAGAUUAUGUCAGUGGAGGAUUCGGACUUUUAUGAUUUUGAUAAGGAUAGAGUGGAGAGGAGUUUUAAGAAAGGGCAAGUGUGGGCUAUCUAUGAUGAUGAUGAUGGGAUGCCAAGGCAUUAUGGUUUGAUUGAUGAAGUUGUCUCGGUGAAUCCUUUUGAGGUGAAGAUGAGUUGGUUGGAUCUUCAAAAUAAUGGAGAUGAGAGGUUGAUAUGUUUAGAGAAAACGGGGUUUCAUAUUUCUUGUGGGAGAUUUAAGGUUGCUUGGAAGACGUCCAUUAACUCACUGAAUGUCUUUUCUCAUAUUAUGGAUUGUGAACGGGCAGCGCGGGAGGUUUAUAGAAUUUAUCCAAAGAAGGGUUCGGUGUGGGCUCUUUAUAAUGAUGCAGCUUUGGAUGCUGAAGGAAGAUAUCUCUCUGUUAAAGAUAAACGGUGCUAUGACAUUGUUUUGUUUUUGACUACUUACAGUGAGAUGCAUGGUUUAAGCAUGGCGUAUCUUGAGAAGGUUGAUGGGUUCAAGACGAUAUUUAAGAGAAGGGAGAUUGGGUGUCACGCUAUUAGAUGUCUCGAAAAAGAUGAUGUUUGGUUGUUUUCACAUCAGAUUCCUGCAAGGAAGCUUUCUGGGGAUGAGGCUCCAGAGCUUUUGAAAGACUGUUGGGAACUUGAUCCUGCUUCACUUCCUCCAGAUUUGCUUGCCGUUGGUUGGCGGAGAUAAUUCCGGUUAGGAAACCUGACUGCUCUGUGUAUAGAUUCUCUUUAAUUUAGGGGUUUGUGCAGCUUGUUAAUGUACAUCAAGCAUCCUUGUGCGAGCCAAUUAUAAUUCUUAGUCACUCUUUGUGAUGUCUGUUGUAAAUGACGGUACUUCUCGAUAAUCCAAUCUAAUUCUAACUACAUUUUGUAUUUGUUA